AUGUUCUCCCGGGUCGAGCAAUACCCUUGGGAUGAAGAUGAGGAGUUCCAGGGCGGACUCACAGCCAUUUUAGGGUCAAGCAGUAGUCCAGAGCAAGCAGCGGAGCUCACUCUUCGGGCCCGUUGCUUCUAUUUCUCUAGAAAAUUUAGCAUACCUGUUGAUUUUGAUGCUUACAAGCGCUACCGCGAAUCAGCCAAUCUACCUAUCCCGAACGGCGUCUUCGUGUCCCAAGCAGAUUCGGUUCCAUGUAAUUCAUCCACUCCAACUCCAAACAUGGAAGGGGCGAAUGGGUCGACGCAACCUGACGCACCCUAUCCUACAUCCUUUGCUGAGAUCGUAGAAUUGAUCACGUCUGGGAAACCAAUCCCCGGAAUCAAAGAUAUACCCCCUACAGUGCUUGAGGGACAGGGAACACAAGCUGUGAAACCAAGGCGUAAGAAGCCCUGGGAGAAAGAUGACCUAUCUCCUCCUCCAGCAAUGACUUCAGAAGCCACUCAAGAGCUCUGA